AAAGCGCACCGGCUGACAGCAAACCAAGAUCAUUUUCGUUUGAUUUUCAUUUUAAUUCAGAGAAGAUAAGAAAAUGCUUAUUUCUAUGUAUAAUGGAAUCUAAAGUGCAGAAGCAAGUCGUCGAUUACUUUUUAACUUUUGCAGAAUUUCAUAAUACGUCUAAAGGGUGUUUGAAAACUUGCCAAAAGUGCGCAUUUACUAUUAAUAAACUAACACAGCGUUGUAAUAAUAUUAAAAAAGUGGAAUUGAUUCGUACGCCGCUGGAAGACUUUGCUGAUGUUCCCUCAAAGCUGUUAAAUCGUCUACUUAACCUUAUCACAAUUGAAAUUAAUGAAAUACGAAAACAAGGGACAAUAAUUGAUGAGGCAUUUGAAAAACUUUGUACCAAAGCAAACACUGUGAAAGAAAAUUCCAAGGAAAUUAAUUUUUCAGUACCCAGUUUACUUGUAGACGGGACAUCACUUCAGCCACCAUUAAAGCAACUCCUCGAGUUCAUUGAGGAUACUAUUACAUACGGAAGUCAAUUCCAUUCGUUUAUAGAAUCAUCUUUAAAAACAUUUGCAUUGAAAGGUCUUGAUACGGAAUCACAGGUUGAUAACUUUAAAAUUCCCAUAUUUUGGCAGAGACGAGUUACAGAAAUAAUUUCAUAUACAUCAUUUUGUCCGGAAAACAAAAUAUAGCACCAUGGAUCUACUAGAUUCAAUAUUAAAUUCAAUGCAAAAACCACCAACAGCCAGCGAGGCUCAAAAGACUGCUCUCAAGAAACAGAAAGAAGCAUUAGAACGCAAGCAAAAAGAUGAAAAAAACAGACUUAAGAAAUUUAGGCAACAAGUGGAAGAAAAAAUAGGAGAAUUUGUAAAAGAUGGUAGAAAACCUUCAUUACAAUUUGAGCCUAUGGAACAAACAUAUCGGUCAAUAAUACGAGAUGUGGCAGAGACUGCUGGUCUUCAGAUAUUUUCGUUUGGACAAGAUGGCAUAGACCGGUAUUCUGUAGUUUACACUAAAGAACGAGGACCAUCGGAAGAUGAGUUAAGCGUGAGACGUGCUGGAGGAGUUUGGAGUGAAGAUAAAGCUGCAGAAAUGGCUUUACAACAUAUUGAAAUGAAGAAGCAAGCAGCUCUAAAUAAUGAAGAGGAGAAGAAUAGAAAGCGUAAGCAUGGCAAGGAGCAAUUGAGUGGAACAUUUUACAAGCAGAAGUACGCACAUCUGAUAGGUGAAGAUGCAGCAUUAGAUGCUGCUCAUAAAACUAACAUGAAUAAGAGUUACGGAGAGGUACCAAGUGAGAAUAAAAAAGACUCACGUUCUAUUGAACAAACUAUGGCUGAUAUACGAGCAAAGAAACUGAAGAAAGCUGAAAAUAAAGAGGCUACAGAAAAUAAUCAUCAAAUUGAUUGAUAUUUGCUGCUUCUAGUGAAUUAAAAAAAUUACAUUAAUGUAAAAUGUCAAAUAAUUAAAAUCAAAUUCAAUGA